AUGGCACCAAGUGAAGGAGUUCCCAAACCCUGUUCCCCAGGACGUGCACGCAUCCGACCGUGCUGGCAGCAGGUCGAGGUUUGGGAGAUGCCCAAGAGCCUUGAACCUUCUGCCCGUUUGCCAGCCCCACAGGGUGUGAUGGUUUAUUCCUAUAACUUCCGUAGCUCGUUGAGAUGGUCUCCUGUUGAAGUGGAUGGAGGGCCGCUGCUGUACACAGUACAUUUUAAAACGGCAGCCUUUAACCAGUGGGAUGAGAUGAACUGCACACGGAUCAGUGGGACCGAAUGCCGCUUCCCGCAGCUGCUGAACGAACGGAGCUGGACCGUCACGCUGCGUGUGAGGGCCGAGCGGGGGCCGGCGGUUUCCGACUGGGUGCAGUCGGAGCCCUUCGUGGCAGAGAGAAACACUACUAUCGGACCGCCCCGCGUGAGCAGCGCCGCUGAGGCUGCCUUCCCUCACUCGCUUCUCCUCAGCAUCACGCCCCCUUUCGCCCCGAGGCCGGGGGAGCUCCUGCAGUACCGCGUGUCCUACUGGGAGAACGCCACUCGCGCCACCAGAAAAGAGCUGAAGACGAGCAGYUCGCUAUUCAAAAUUACCGACCUAAAGGAGUCGACGCUGUACUGUUUGGAAGUGCGAGUAGAGCUYCAGACGCUGUACUGCAAUAUCUCAGGCCUGCCCAGUGCCCCGCAGUGUUACAGUACUGCCCUCAGCGAGGCAACCACAACUGGAUAUGCUAUACUAAUAUUUCUACUAAUCUUGGUGAUCCUAAUUUUUGCAAUAGUCGGCUUGUUUCUCAUACAGAGAUACCACACCACAAUUAAAUACUGGUCUCAGGCACCUUUCAGAAUCCCCUCCCACUUUGAAGAGUAUCUGCAAGAUCCSAGCCUGACCUUUCCCGAGGUGCUGGAGAACCACGUGCAGGACGAUCCCUGCGACUUCCUCUCUGUGGUGUGCAGCGGAGAAGGAAGCCAGGAAGGCCCCACCAGCGCGGAGGAUAAAGCUCCUUCCCCUGGCAGCUCCAGGGAAAGCGAAUGAACUUUCAGGGGCGCCACAGAGAGACCCUCCUUCCCAGCCUUGUGGAGCCUCCUGCCCCCGAGCGCCGCUCAGCAGCUCCCGGCAGCGCAACAAGCCCUGGGCAAAACGGCGCCCGUGCCCAAGCCGGGGCCAGAGCCGGCUUCCCGGGAAGGGCGGCGGCAGCUCGGCCUUCCUUGCAGGGGCUCCUGCUGCGGCACGGAAGCACCUGCCUUCACCGGGAGACACCGACAAGGCGGCCCGGGACAGUGACAGGAACACUAACYAGUUGUGAGAGAGAUGGAGUGGAUGGAAACAGGUACCAGCAGCGUUCAACGUCAUAAAGCUUUUUCCCUAGCUGUAAGAAAGCUUUGAAAAACGUGCACUUUAAGAGGUGAUGCAACCUAUUUUGUUUUUAGUUAAGUGCAGCAUGGAUUACUUUUUAUGUGGAUUUUUUUUUCCUCCUGUGGUUGCCUUAUUUAUGAAUUCUGUUUUAGCAUUCAUUAGUCCCCUUUUUUUGACUCAGUUCAAGCACUUCUGUGGCUUCUACUUCUUCCCUGUAGUUGAAAAUGCAUUCUACAAAGAAGCCAGACUGGACUCGACCCUCCUCGGAGCUAACUUCCAUACCAGCCACCACGCACUGCUCCUACCUCCCUUUGGGCCUCCAAUGCAGUCAAAAGAAGCAUUAAUCUUUUGCUCCUGGGGGAAAUAAGGCUAUUUUUUUCUGGCAAAAUGAACUCUAAAAUAGAGUUUGCUCAGCAUUUGUACAAAAUGUCUGAACAACUCUCAGACACUAAAAUCUUUUGCGGUCUYGCAACAAGAAAAGCUUUUUGGGGGGAUCGCACAAAGCAGAAGCAGCAAGACCAAGCUCAGGCUACAACACCAAGGGCUAUAAAGCAGAGGGAAAGGUGGAACCCCUUUCCACGGCCAGUAAAAUUGAAGGAAAAGAAUCUUCCCCUUUUGUACAUAAUAAAGAU